UGAGCUUCCCGUCCACUCAACUGGCCUUCCCGCCUUCUGAUGGGCCCGCCUUCGCCGCCUUCGAGGUUCACCCAGCGUUCGUUGGAGCUUCCUUUCAGUAGUACAACGAACAACACAACUUGAAGGGAACUGACAAACCAUAACGAUUCCACAACUCCACGCCUUUGUCCUCUCGAUUUACACUACGACGAGCGUCCGACCGACUGUUCACGAGACUGUCCAACAACUUGAUUGCGCAUUACGUUAGAACGACAACCACUCGAUAGCCCCGUCAUCAUGGAAUUUGGAACUUCGGGCGUGCUCAGCGAAGAUGGCAUCCAUGUCGACAUGGACAGGUUGAAGAAGGGUGAGGUCAAUUUGGGUACCUCGAUUAUGGCGGUCACAUUCAAGGACGGUGUUAUUCUCGGAGCCGACUCCCGCACAACCACAGGCGCCUACAUCGCCAACCGCGUAACGGACAAGCUGACCCAAGUACACGACACCAUCUGGUGCUGCCGCUCCGGAUCCGCCGCCGAUACACAAGCCGUCGCCGACAUUGUGCAAUACCAGCUGGGAUUGUACCACAUGGUCAACGGCAGGCCUCCGACGACACAGAUUGCGGCUGCUGUCUUCCAGGAGAUUGCUUAUGCCAACAAGGAUAGGUUGACUGCCGGCCUCAUUAUUGCCGGCUGGGAUGCCCGCCACGGUGGUCAAGUGUACAACAUUCCGCUCGGCGGCUCCCUGCACAAGCAGCCGUAUUCGAUUGGUGGUUCCGGUUCCACAUACAUUUAUGGUUACUGCGACGCCAACUGGAAGGAAGGAAUGGAGGAAGCCGAAGCCGUAGCGUUUGUCAAGGAGGCACUCAAGGAGGCGAUCAAGUGGGAUGGCUCCUCGGGAGGUGUCAUCAGGAUGGUGGUGUUGACGGAGAAGGGCGCCGACAGGCAUUUGUAUUUGCCGGAUUCGGAUUACAAGGUGAGGCACCAGUGAUGAGAUCUCGGAGAAUGGGCUGGUUGGGCUCGUGGAAAUGAUGGCCAUCUAUCUGUAACCCGAAUGGGUGGAUGAAAUGUAGCAGGAGACGAGCUAAAGGUCCAGCCUCAGCCUUCAGCCAAGAAAGUACACCAGAGAAGGUGUGUUAAUACGAAAUGAUACAUAAGAAAAGACGUUAGACCAUGAUCUGGAUGUAGGAAGACUAAAACAAAACUGUUUCCUGCAGGCUUAACUGAUACAGCUGGAAGUGGUCCCUCAUUCCCUUGAACAUGAGGAUAAGUUGGCCUUCAUUCAUGUUCAUAAGCGGGACCUCUCGUAUUUGGAUAAGGUGCUGUAAUUAUUAGGUAGCAUAUACUUAUCAUAGCUAUGCUACUAUACCCCACUA